ACCGCCAGCAAAACCCGCAACCCACCCCAAUUGCACAGCACCAUGCGACCGUCCAUGCGAUUGCUGAGCCUUGAUGUUCAGGGCGCCUCGCGGACCCUGUACGUCUGCUCAGUAUGCAGAAACGAGGCGCGGCCGCGGCCAAUUGUCGCCCGGCAAUUCCUUCGCCAUGCUUCGAACACACCGGACUCGCUGAGUGAGCGAGUGAGACGCAAGCUUUGGGGUACGGAUAACCCGCCUGGUCUGAAGGAUCCGUAUGGAGAGAGUCUGCUUGAGAAGAGGUUCGGGAAGGCCAAGGCUCAGCCGGAGGGCGAGACGGAGGUGGUGACUGCGGAGGAGGCAGCACCUGAGGCUGAAGCUGAUGCUGUCGAUCAGCUGGAGCCGGGGGUUGAUUAUGAGCCUGCGACGACAUGGGAGGGGUUGGAGCGUGUGGGUCAUUUGGGAGGAUGGAAGAAUGCUCCUCGGGCUGAGGUUGAUCGGGUUGCGGCAUUCGGUCUCAAGAAGAAACUCCGCAAACAGGGUCCCCUGUCUCUUGCUGCGCAUCAGGCCGCUGUUGAGAUCUGUCUGAUGCAUGCGCUGAACAAGCCGUUGACGAGCGUCUGCAAUGUCGCCGAACAUGACAAGGCCGUUUUCAAGAUGAUCUGGAAGACUAAGAUCGUGCCUGGUGAGGCUGGCAGCUGGGGCAGCGCGCUCCAGUACCACAGUAAGCAGGCUAAGGAGGCCCUCGUUUACAUCUUCGAGCAGAUCGGUGGUAGUCAGCCGGAGGCUGUGGAGCAACAGCAGGCUGCUGAGGAGACUGCCGAGGUUGAGGAGUUCGAGGAGGCCGCUUGGGAGGGUGAGGAAGAGGAGGUUCCUAAGGUUCCUUUCUUCGGAUACCAGGAAGCUCGUGAUAAGGGAUUCUUGACUUUGUCUUUGGAGGACCCCGAGACGAAGUUUGCUUUCCUCAAGAGAUUCUCCCAGCUGAGCGGCCACUUCUUCCCCGACAACAUCGUCCACCAGAUCUCCACCGUCAAACAGGCCGUCGACUACGUCCAGGGCCAAUUGAACCCCAAGCCCAAGAAGCUGGCUGAAAUCCUCGAGAACAACGACCGACUCCAGUCCCUGCCCAACAUUAAGGUCUUCUCGAAGAGACAGACCCGCUUGCACCGCGAUGACGAAAUGGGCCGGAGGAAGAUCAUUGAGGCCGAGCUUCGUUCUAGAGGACUUCUUGCAUAGACCGAUUGCAUGGCAUACAUAUCUUGCAGGUUUGUUUGAUUGGCUGGCUGGCUCAAAGAUUAUCUAUCUCUAGUUCUUGUAGCAUGUUAUAUUUAGUACGAAAUUAUUGCUGUACAAUAGGAAUUGACGUCUUUUUUUUUUGUUCA